AUGAACAAACCCUCUUCAAAAAUCGACCACAAAUGUUUCGAGCAAACCGUGAAACAUGAAGUAGACAUGGCUUUGGCUCUGUCUGCUCAAGAAUUCGCGUGGAGCCGUUUCUUACAACACAAGCUAUUAUCGUCCGCUCACGAAGAUCCUAGUUAUUCGUCCAAGAUUCUAGAAAGAUCUAACAGUAAACAAGACGCUGAAGAAGAAGGAGUAGAGAUCAAGAAUAGAUUGAAAGAAUUGCAAAAGCUUUUGCCAGGUGGAGAAGAGAUGAACAUGGACGACAUGUUGAGUGAGAUUGGAAGCUACAUUGUAUGUCUUGAGUUGCAGAUGAUUGUUCUAAAGUCUCUUGUUCAAGAUAACACUUCUUGA